AGCAUCUGUUAACACAUGACACCAAGCGGUGGCACGUAUAGAAUAGCACCCUUGACAACCAAACCCCAAGGCAGCGGAGUAAAUACAGACAGAGAAAGGAAAAGGCGGAGGUGUUCUUCUCCGCGACCUCCAGCAGAACCCUCAUCGCCCCCUCCGUCGGUACCUCCGCCUGCCGAUCUAUCGCCAAUCGAUCCAGUUUCCAUUGUUCCGGAACGGGGAUUUCACCCGGAUUAUGCAAUAAUCUCCACAUCGAGAGUUGUUGAGGGAUCAGUUGUUAGAAUGGCUACAAUGGUGGCUAGGGGUAGCAGUCCUCUGUCUUCCUCGAUCCCUAUUCAAGAAAGGGGUAGGAGGAACAAGAGAAAGUUUCGAGCUGAUCCACCCAUAACUGAUCCAAUUACAGCCAAUCUUCCAUUGCAAACCGAAUGCUCCAACUACGAAGAAUUAUUCCCUGUUGAGAGGAACUCGGAUGAUCCCAGCCUUGAGCACCAUGCAGGUGCCUGCGAAACAUGUGGGACGCUUAUGUGUGGUCCUCUAGAAGGGCUAGGAUUGGAGGAAUUCCAAGACACAGACUGGAGUGAGCUCACAGAAACCCAACUUGAGGAGAUCUUGUUGAGUAAUUUGGAUAGCAUCUUUAAGAGUGCAAUUAAGAUUAUCACUUCUUCUGGAUACUCUGAGGAGGUGGCAACGAGUGUUGUCUUGAGGUCCGGGCUCUGUUAUGGAUGCAAAGAUACAGUUUCUAACAUUGUUGACAGUGCAUUGGUAUUUUUGAGGAGUGGGCAAGAGGUUGAAUCUUCUAGAACAGAGAACUCAUCAGAGGAUUUGCGGACGUUGGCAAGGACUGUGUUGGUAGACAUGAUUAGCAUGCUUAGGGAGGUCCGACCAUUCUUUAGUAUAGGUGAUGCCAUGUGGUGCUUGCUGAUCUGUGACAUGAAUAUUUCCCAUGCUUGUGCAUUGGAGGACAAUCCCUUAAAUGGUAUGGAAAAUGGUGAGGUCUCAGGCAAUUCUGCUUCUCCCCGAGUGGAAUCAGGCUCAAACUUCAAUAAUAUUUCUUCUCCAGCCAUUCCUGAAUCAAAUGCUCCCGGACCUGAGAAACUGAAAACUGUUUUACCUUAUCCUAAGAAUACUCCACAACCUGAAAUGUCCACUGUGGUAGGGAUCCCAAAUUUACCUUAUGGCAGGUUCUUGGCCUCAAGCAAUGUGCACGAGAUGGUUCCAAAUCUUAAUACAGGGAAGGAGAAUCCAAUUUCUUCAUCUGGUCAUAUGGAGGAAUCCUCUUCUUCAACCAUUUCUCAUUCUCUACAAGAAGGGAAGUCAGUAGGUAGUAGAAGGGUCCCUUUAGGUAGUUCAAAGAGGGAAUUUAUUCUCCGGCAUAAGUCAAUUCACUUUGAGAAAAGCUACAGAGCAUUGGGAUCUAAAGCAGCUUUUAGAGCAAGCAAACAGAGUAAUUUGGGGGGUUUAAUAUUGGAUAGGAAAUGCAAUCCCAUUUCCAAUUCUAAAAUGAUAAAUAUGAAGAGCACCUCCAUUAAAGUAAGCAAGGCAAUGGGAAUAGAAAAGUCAAAAGCGGACAUGACACUUGACCUUUCUUUUACUGCUGGACUCUCCUCUAGUGCAUCAUGCAGUGCAAAAACAGUUAGCAGUCCAUCUCCAACACCUGCUGCAAACACUGAACUUUCUUUGUCUAUUUCUUCUACAAGCGGCAGUGGUGUUGGUUUCAAACAAGACUGUAGUAUUGAGGCUUCAAAUUGCAGUAGUUUUGCAGGCAUCCCCUCCGAUAGGAUAUCUAGGGAUUGGGUACCACAGGACAAGAAGGAUGAUAUGCUGGUUAAAUUAGUUCCCCGGCUACGGGAACUGCAGGCACAACUGCAGGACUGGACAGACUGGGCCCAGCAAAAGGUGAUGCAGGCUGCCCGUAGACUGAGCAAAGACAAGCUUGAGCUGCAAACGUUGAGGCAGGAAAAGGAAGAUGUCAUUCGUCUCCAAAAAGAGAGGCAGAAUUUGGAAGAUAACACCAGGAAAAAGCUUGGAGAGAUGGAAAUCGCAAUAUCCAAGGCAAAUGACCAGGUUGAGAGAGCCAGUGCUGCUGCUCACAGGCUCGAAGUUGAGAAUGCCCGGCUGAGGCUGGAAAUGGAAGCUGCAAAGUUACAGGCUGCAGAAGCGGCGGCUAGUUGCCAUGAAGUUACGGGAAGGGAGAUAAAGACUCAUAAAAUGUUCCAGUCAUGGGAGAGAGAGAAGUCAUUGUCUCAAGAGGAGCUUGUGAAUGAAAAGCAGAAACUCUCUCUGCUGCUGCAGCAACUAGAACAAGCUAAAGAGCAGCAAGGUCAAUCAGAGGCUAGGUGGAGACAAGAAGAGAAAAUGAAGGAUGAAGCCCUCUCGCUGUCCAACUCUGAAAGAAUUAAGCAAGAAAAAAUUGAGAGUUCAGCAAAAUUACAGGAAAAUGCAUUAAUAGUGAAAGAAGAAAAUGAUUUACAAAAAUACAAAAAUGAUAUCCGGAGGCUUGAGCAACAGACUGCACAAUUGCGGCUAAUGACAGACUCCUCAAAGUUUGCAACAUUAAAAUGGGGCACGAAUAAAAGUUAUGCGUCAUGCCUUUCUGAUGGAAGAAAGAGCAGUAAUGCACUUUAUUUGACGAAGAUUAUUGUCCAGGACCUGGGAUCUGAUGAUGUACAGCCUGAACGGGAGUGCGUGAUGUGCUUGACCGAAGAGAUGUCUGUUGUUUUCCUUCCUUGUGCCCACCAAGUUGUUUGCACCAAAUGCAAUGAGCUUCACGAGAAGCAGGGUAUGAAGGAUUGUCCUUCAUGUAGGACACCCAUUCAGCGCAGGAUUUCUGUACGCUCUGCUGACUCUUAGCUUGCAUAUACAUUCUGAUCAGUUGAGUUAAAGAGUUCAGAAAUAAUGAUAUGUGAGACUUUAAAAUGAAUAACGCAUCCUUGAACAUUUUACAUUGGAUUUGGACAAACAAUUUCUCAACAAAUUGCAAUCUUAUGGUACAUAUAUUGUUCCUUCUA